GCACCGGAUGUGAUGGUGGUGGUGGGACUAGGAAGAUGAUUUGGUCUGAAGACUUGGUUGAUUUAAUCUUCUCUUGGUCACUACAUGAUAUUCUUAACCAAAACCUCUAUUUAGAUAAGGUGGAAAAGAUCCCUAUGGCUUUCAAAUCAGUUGAACAUUAUGCAAAGUCAUUUGCUUUUCCUCUGUUUGAAGAGGUUAGGGCUGAUUUAUUGUCAGCGAUAGAGACAAUCCAUAGUACGCCUUAUUCUGAGAUUGUUUCUUUGAAAGAGAUAAAAAAAUCAGAAGAGAACCUUUAUGACGUUCAAGUCAAUGGGUGGGAGAAUGCUUCCGUUAGUGGCAAGAACAAUGAUUACAAGCCAAUGCCUGGAGACUUGUCCAUUAUCACCAAUAUCUUGCCUGAAACUGUUAAUGAUUUCUUCCGGUAUGGAAUUAACUGCACAUUUGCUUGUGUUAAGGGAAGUAAUCUGUCUACCUCAAGUUUAUGUGUAAAAGCAUCAAAAUCCGUUGAGUUCGGUACUGAAAUGAAUCGAGUUUUCAUUUUUUUUCUUGUGAACAUCUUGACCUACAGCCGAAUUUGGAAGUCUCUUGGCAGGGGUUCAGACAUGCCUGACAAUCUAGAAAUUAUCAAGACAGUUUUGUCCGCUGAUUCUUUGGCUGGAGAAAGUUGCAAUGUCUGUGUUUCUCCAAAGUUGCCUGAUUCUUGCUGCAAUCUGAGUUCCGAGUUAAAUGAAUCACAAACUGCUGCAGUGAUUGGCUCUAUUAAGGAAAUGCAAUGCUGUCACAAGUGUUCAGUGAGGCUUAUCUGGGGGCCUCCUGGGACUGGAAAAACUAAGACAAUCACUGAAUUGCUUUUAAAACUCUUGGAAAUGGAAAGCAGAGUAGUUGCCUGUGGACCUACAAACGUCUCUGUUGUGCAGCUAGCAUCUCAGUUCGUGAAGUUACUAAAGACUAGGAGACAAUCAGGCGGAGUCAAGCAGGCUUCGUCACUUUCUAGAUUGGGAGAUAUUGUUCUGUUUGGCAACAAAGAUAGGCUGAAGGCAGAUGAUGAUCUUUGUGAGAUACUUCUUGACUAUCGUGUUGAACAACUGGUCAAGUGCUUGGCUCCUGGUUUGCACCAACGAUUUUCAUCUUUGAUAGAUUUUCUUGAGAGCUGCAUUAGCCACUAUGAGAUAUAUAUAGAGAAGGAAAAGACAGAAGACUUGGCUGAAUUUGUGAGGAUAAGAUUUGGUAUCCUUGCUUCUGAACUUCGGACUUGCGUAGAAAGUCUUUGCAUUCAUAUGCCAACAACAUCUAUAAAUGUGGAAAGUUGUGAAAAAAUGGCCGAACUGCUUUCUGUGCUCAAUUGUUUUGAAAAGGUUAUAUCUGAGACCUCUCUUAGUGUCAAUGAAGUGAGGGAAGUCUUCUCCAUGAAGGAAGAAGUCGGGAUAUCUCAUCCUUUAUCCAGGAAGAAGUUGGCAUUUCAACUAUACAAUAUCCGUGGACAAUGCUUAGGUUUGCUAAAAUAUCUUAACAAAAAUGUGCUUACGCCUGAAUUUCUGGAUAAAAAGUUGAUAGAAGAAUUUUGCUUGCAAAAUGCAAGCCUUGUAUUCUGCACUUCCUCUAGUGCUUCCAAGUUGCAUCUCAUCAGAAUGCAGCCUUUGGAUUUGUUGGUUAUUGAUGAAGCAGCCCAGCUAAAAGAGUGUGAAGCAACAAUUCCCUUGCGGCUGUGUGGUGUCAAGCAUGCAGUUCUCAUUGGUGAUGAGCAUCAAUUGCCUGCCUUGGUUAAAAGCAAGAUUUCUUCUAGGGCAUCUUUUGGAAGAAGUUUGUUUGAAAGGCUUAGCUUAUUAGGCCACAGAAAACAUCUUUUAGACAUUCAAUAUCGGAUGCACCCAUCUAUAAGUUCAUUCCCUAAUCGCCAGUUUUACUGUGGCAAGAUUCAGGAUGGUCUUAAUGUGCAGUCAGAAGCUUAUGGAAAAUGUUUCCUUCCUGAGGAAAUGUUUGGUCCGAUUUCAUUUAUAAAUGUUUCUGAUGGAAAAGAGGAAGCGGAUGAUUCUGGAGGUUGGAGAAAUAUGGUUGAAGUUGGUGUUGUUCUGAAAAUUGUAAGGAACCUUCUGAAAGUUACAAGCUCAUUGAAUGAUAAGUUUAGCAUUGGAGUAGUAUCUCCUUAUUCUUCUCAGGUAGCUGAAAUUGGAAAAGGUAUGAGAAGUAUCAAUGAGAUGAGUAAAAAUGUUCUCUUAAAGGUGAAUUCUAUAGAUGGGUUUCAAGGGGGAGAGGAAGAUGUUAUUAUAAUUUCUACUGUUAGAUCAAACAGUAAAGGAUCAAUUGGAUUCCUUUCAAAUCAUCAGAGGGUGAAUGUCGCUCUGACAAGGGCUAGGCACUGCCUUUGGUUUGUUGGAAAUGGUGCUACUUUAGCAAACAGUGGUUCUGUAUGGGCAGCGUUGAUUUGCAACAUGAAGGAGAGAGGAUAUUAUUUUGAUGCUGUCCAAAAUCAGAGUUUAGCCACAACUAUUAUAAAAGUCCAUAUCGAACUAAAUAAAAUUGAAGAUUUGCUCACUUCAUACCCUGGGAAACUUCAAAGUGCUAGGUGGAAGGUGCUUUUUAGUGAUGAAUUCAGAAAAUCAUUUGAGAAGUUGAAGACAGUUCAGAAUAAGACUCUGAUGUUUUACAUGCUACUCAGAAUUGCUGAUGGUUGGCGAGCAAGAAAGGGAAACAUAGAUAUAACCGAUUCAUUUGGGCUUUCAAGAGUUUAUCGUUUCAAAGGUUUGUAUCUUGUAUGGAGUGUGGAUAUUUGCAAACAAGAGAACUAUACUCAGAUACUAAAGAUCUGGAACCUUUUGCCACUGUAUGAGAUCUCAAAUUAUAUCAAGCGUCUUGAAAAUAUUUUUUCGGCACAUUCUGAUGAGUACAUAGAACACUGCAGAGCUAAGCAGGUUCAAGGAAAAAUUGAGGUCCCCUUGUGCUGGAAUAUACCUCACUAUAUCACUCGGUAUAAGAAACUCUCCAAAAUUGAAGUUUCUCAAAGUACUGCAAGAGAAUCAAACACUUCAGGGAAAGAAUCAGACACCCGAUGUGGACGAGAGAAUUCAAUAAUAAAUGAAAGUCUUCUUCUGAUGAAGUUUUACUCAUUAUCUUCUGGGGUAGUGGAACACUUGAUCACUGGUGAUGAUGGAGCUGAAAUGGAAAUCCCAUUUGAAUUGAGUGAUGAAGAAGUAGAAAUUGUUCGUUUUCCUUAUAGCAGCUUUAUAUUGGGAAGAUCAGGCACUGGAAAAACCACCAUCUUAACUAUGAAGCUUUUUCAGAGAGAACAGCAACAACAUGUAUCUUCUAAUGGGCUUCUCUCCAGGAAGAGUGAUCUUGACAUGAAUUCAAAGAAAUUAAGACAGAUUUUCAUCACUGUCAGUCCUAAACUUUGUUCUGCUGUCAGAAACCAGAUUUUUCGCCUUAAGAGAUAUGCCUCUGGUGGGAAUUGUUCCGGUUCGGGUGGUGGUGCUAUUUCUAUGCAUGAUAUCGGUGAAAAUGUUACAGAAAUCUAUGAAAUUCCCAACAGUUUUCUUGAUCUCCCACAAAGGCAUUACCCCUUGAUAAUAACAUUUCGGAAGUUUCUCAUGAUGCUAGAUGGAACGAUGAUGUACUCAUAUUUUGAUAGGUUGUUUAGUGCAAAGGAAUUUCAUUCAGUUGAUCACUCUGUUCAUAUUUCUGUAGCCAUGGAAGCGUUGAUUCAAAGUAAGGAAGUGAAUUUUGAGCGCUUUGUCAGUUCAUAUUGGCCUCAUUUCAAUAAUCAGUUAACCAAGAAACUUGAUCCCAGUACUGUUUUUACUGAAAUAUCCUCUCACAUUAAAGGUGGUUUUGAGGGAACCUCUUCCCAAGAUGUUGCGCUCAGUAGGGAAGGUUAUAUCUUAAUUUCCAAGAAGAGAAUAUCUACUUUGGAUGUGAAAAACAGAAACAGAAUAUAUGACAUAUUUCUACAAUACGAGAAGAAGAAAAAAGUGAAUGGUGAAUUUGAUUUGCCAGAUUUAGUUAUGGAUCUUCAUUACCGGAUACAGUCACAUGGUUACACUGGUGAUAAGAUUGAUUUUGUUUAUAUUGAUGAAGUUCAGGAUCUUACCCUAAGAGAAAUUGCAUUGCUUAAAUGUAUAUGUAGUAACUAUGAAGAAGGUUUUGUGUUUGCUGGUGAUACUGCUCAGACAAUUGCAAAGGGUGUAGACUUCAGAUUUGAGAACAUUAGAUCACUUUUUUACAAAGAAUUUCUUUCUGAAUCUACUCUCAAGUGUCAGAAAAAUGUCAAAGGUAAUCUUAAUCACAGCUCAAACAAAUUCCUAUUGAAUCAGAAUUUCAGGACUCAUGUUGGUGUACUCGACUUGGCACAAAGUGUUAUUGACCUACUUUAUGAGUACUUUCCAUUAUCAGUGGAUAAAUUGCCUCCUGAAAUAAGUUUGGUACACGGUGAAGCCCCAGUAAUACUUCAGUCAGAGGAUGGCGAUAAUGCGAUUAUGACUAUAUUUGGUGAUGGUGAAAAGCUUGAUCAAAGCAAAAACAGUUUUGGCGCAGAACAAGCUAUUCUUGUUCGUGAUGAGAGUUCCAAACAAGAAAUUCUUAGGCAAGUUGGGAAACAAGCUAUUCUGGUUCUCACAAUUGUGGAAUGCAAGGGUCUUGAAUUUGAGGACGUACUAUUAUAUAAUUUUUUCUCAACUUCUCCAUUUGAGAAGCAUUGGAGAGUGAUCUAUGGAUACAUGGAAAAACAUUGUGUAUCGGAUCCCAGUAAGCCAAUAUCAUUUCCCUCUUUUUAUGAGGGUAAGCAUCAUAUCCUUUGUUCGGAACUGAAGCAAUUAUAUGUUGCCAUUACUCGGACUAGGCAGAGGCUUUGGAUUUGUGAGACAGGUGCAAAGUUCUGUCAUCCAAUUUUUGAUUAUUGGAAGAGCUUGUUCCUAGUCCAAGAAAGAUGCUUGGACCACUCUUUUGCUCAAGAUAUGUGUCGCACUAGCAGCCUUGAGGAAUGGAGUUCCCGUGGUAUCAAGCUAUUCAAUGAAGGACUCUUCGAUCUUGCAGUGAAGUGCUUUAGACGAUCUGGAGAUAACUUGCGAGAAAAAUGGGCACAGGCAGCUGGGCUUUGCGCCACUGCUGAUCGUAUUAUCUCUGUUGAUUAUAAUGUGGGUCAGACUGCGCUGAGGAAUGCUGCUGAUAUCUAUGAAUCGAUUGGCAAACCAGAAUUGGCCGCUUCCUGCUUCCUAAAAUUAGGAGACUUUGAAGCAGCAGGUCUUGCAUUUCUACUUAAUCCACUCUCAAACUAACGCAAGUAGUGCAUAAGUUCUUCCUUGUUUGCAUUAUGUUGCCUAUGCCAUGCCUCAUUUAGUUUGUAGGUUGU